AUGCAUUUGACGUUUCGACGAUGUGGCACACCUUCAGGUCACCACUCGUGUGCUGUGUGCAGGCUGUCGCGAGCGACGCGCGACUCGAACAGCAGCACGGUGAACACCAUCUCGGAGGCGGAGACGCAGUGCGUGCUGAACACGUGGUUCCAGCAGCAGUUCACGUACCACGAGCCGCAGCACAUCCUGCUCAUCGCCUGCUACGUGCCGCUCUUCCUGCUGGCCGCCAUCGCCAACACGCUCGUCAUUAUCGUCGUCGUCAAGUAUCACUACAUGCGCAGUGUGACCAACUACUUCCUGGUGAACCUGUCAGCCGCUGAUCUGUUGGUGACGCUGAUCUGCAUGCCCAUGGCUGUCAGCGGUUCCGUCAGCAAGUUAUGGCUGUAUGGCAGCAUCAUGUGCAAGCUCACGCACUAUAUACAAGGUGUGGCAGUGGGCGCCAGCGUAUUCACCAUCACAGCCAUGAGCAUUGACCGCUACCUGGCCAUUAGACAUCCAAUGGCUUUCCGGAAGAUAUUCAACCGGCGGACCACGAUCGCAGUGAUCGUGGUGCUGUGGCUGGCGGCGCUGGCUAUCUUCUCGCCACUGCUGCGCGCCUACUCGCUGGCAGAGGUGGCGUCCGGCUACGCAUUCUGCUACGAGAGCUGGCACGACAGCGAGAGGCGCGGCGCCAGUCUCGCGUUCUUCGUGCUGGUCUACGCCGUGCCUGGCAGCAUCGUCGUCAUGGCGUACUCGCUCAUGGGGCGACGCCUCUGCGCCAUCAGCCCUCCCUUCUCCGAGGACAGCAUGGCGUCCACCAAACAGGGCCGGAGCGUGGUGCGCGAGCGGCGGCGCGUGGCGCGCAUCCUGCUGCUGCUGGCGGUGCUGUUCGCGCUGUGCUGGCUGCCGUACAACGCGCUCUCGCUGGCCACCGACAUGCUGGGCGGGCAGGCGAGCGCGCCCCUGCGCACCGCGCUGCGCUUCACGCUGCUGCUGGGGCACGCCAACUCGGCCGUCAACCCGGUGCUCUACUGCUUCCUCACGCGCACCUUCCGCUCUGCGGCGCGCGAGCUCAUCGUCUCGCGCAACUCCCUGCUCGCCUCCCGACACCACCAGAGGCACAAAAUCCGAGCGCCGCCACGCGCGGCGGGUGCCAGCCGGACCACGUCCAGCGGCAGCGGCUUCGACUCGUCGGCGCACAGCCCGCAUCGUCGCUGCUACCUGCGCGGGGGAACGCGGCGCCUCGUCGUCGGGCACCGCCAGCAGGGACCUGCUGGCCACCGUCCACCUGUACGACUAGCGCAGCCGCGGCCGCUGGGCGGACAACCCAUUCCCCGUCCCGCGCCCUCACCGGGGCUGUCCAGCUCCUGCCGGCGCGGGAACCUGUUCGGGGCCAAACGCGUGCGCAGAGCUUGCCGCUCGCUGGAUUCCGGACUCAGUGAGCGUUCUGAGUCCUCCGGCGAGUCGGAUCUGUCGUCCAAGUCGGCGCCGCCGGCGUCGCACGGCCGGGUCGAGGACUUCCCGGCGGCGACGCGCUCGGAUCACAGGGGCCCGUGGAUACUGAAGCGCGUGGCCAAGAUGUGGCGCUCCGUGAACUCCCACCACAGCCACAACUCUGUCCAGUCUUCUCCUUCUACGGCAUCCGCCCCUUCGGUGAUGCAGAUCUCUGCUGCAGAGAGACACCCUACAAGACUGACGCAACUCAGUGACUCCGUUGCGGAUCCCCUUACUAUGACUGAACUUGAUGAUUUCCCAUGUGAGCAGUCAGGAAACUCGUCCUCAGGUACUACCGGACAAGUGACGACAAAGCGUGAGGCUUUCGCUCCUGUGAAACAGCGAUCGCACGAGUCCAUCAGCUCCUCGUCAGCCACUUACUACACUGCUGGUAGUUUCUUCACAGCAGAAUCUAACGAAGUAGAGUCAGUUUUGCAAGGUUUUGAGCAGGAGGAGUUGCUAGAUGAAAGGGAUUGCCAUAAUAAUGAGGACAGGGAACCUGUUAGCUGUAUUGACGUGCCACAAGCUGUAAAAGCAGACGACAGUAUUAUAGACAGCGAUGUUCCAUAG